GGGUCCCCCGCGUUCAACUGGAUGUAUACACAGACUUCAGACUGAAUACUGACUGUAAGCGUGUUAAAAAUCGCAAGAGUUCCAAGCUGGUCUUGUGGAAAAUUGAAAACCACAUAAAGUGAAGAACCGACCUUGUAUUUGAAAGCAUUUCAGCUGUUUUGCUAAAAUCAAGUCUGCAGUGAAAAUGGGAAAUGGGAUGAACAAGGUCCUGCCAGGUUUAUACCUUGGGAACUUUAAAGAUGCUCGGGACAGGGAAGAGCUUUCUAAGCACAAUAUCACACACAUUCUUUCAAUACACGACAGUGCUGCACCAAUACUUCAGGAGAUGACAUACCUUUGCAUUCCUGCUGCCGACUCGCCUUCACAGAAUUUGACCCAGUAUUUCAAAGAGAGCAUUAAGUUUAUUCAUCAAUGCCGGCUUCAAAAAGAAGGGUGUCUUGUCCACUGCCUCGCUGGUGUUUCCCGGAGUGUCACUCUUGUAGUUGCGUAUAUCAUGACUGUCACAGACUUGGGAUGGCAGGAUGCAUUGUCGGCAGUCCGAGUGGCUAGAGCCUGUGCUGGCCCCAACGCUGGCUUUCUGAGGCAGCUUGAAGAGUUUCAAAAAAAUGAUGUGCACAAUUUCAGGCAGUGGUUGAAAGAAGAAUACAAGCAGAACCCUUUUAAAGAUGAUGAAGAAGUUCAGAUUCUUUUAUCCAAAAGCAGCAAGACUAACAGUGUGGAAGUCAACGUCGCAGGGAUGGUGAAUACCUGACCGCAUCAUGACUGCUGCACAGCAGGAUCUAAAGCUUUGUAAGACCUUUUACCAGUUGUCCAUAAAGUCUUUUGUGUGGCAGUGCCCCUGUGGAAUAAAUGAAAAAAUAGCUCCAAGAUCAGAAAUCUAAAUCUGGUGGAUUUUUUUUUCCCCAUUAGUAACAAUUUAUCAAAUGACCUGUGAUUUGCAGGUUUCAAACUUUACCCUGGUGUCAUUUGAAAAUUCAAGAUCCUCCCUGGGUUUGUCGUGUAAAUAAUGCGGAAUUUAUGGCAUAAAAUAUGUCCUGUGCCAUGCUUGUUUGUUUUUUAGAGCAAUCAUUUGAAGAUAUUUUACGCAAAUUAUUUACCCAUUUCCUUGUUUCACUGGAGCUUUUUGCUACACGCAAGGUAUUAUUGGCAACUGCAAAAUCCUGAGCAGGCUUUUGACACAAUCUAUGGAGUGCCUAUUUGCAUGGUAUUUUAUUUUGUUAUACUGCAGGUGACAUCUUUUGUGUUGCAUCUUCCUUGAAUGGAAAAGUGGGGUUUCUGGGGUAUUGUCAUUAAUUCUGCACAACUUUACGUGUUAUUUUUGUACAGCUACCUCCAGACACGAUUGUC